AUGAGUCAACGCUCAAUUUUCGGUUUGAUGCCUAGUGGCAACCCAGCCUUUGAAAAAACAUAUUGGCCGAAUGAGGAUACGUCGGGAUCGUCUUCUGAGAAUUCGCCUGUCUCGACUUUGACAGUUGACGUUGGAUCUCUCACACUUGCUGAAUUUGUGGAACGUUUGGAGGCCUCGGGUCAAAGGGUUAUGUUGAUGGUAGUGCAUUUCGAUGGUGUUGGUCAUGUCAUGCCGGUCACUGCUUUUGCCCUUCAACCAAAUGUGGACCAUUUCGGCGGACAAGGAGACUGGUUCGUAGAGGAUGUGGUGUAUGCUCUUGGACAUCGACAGCGUGACGUCAACCACGGAGCUUUCGAUUUUCAGGUCCAGUAUGUUGGUAGAGGUUCUCUUGUGCCAGUGCAGCUGAUGUUAUUCACCGAGUUGAUGUUCGACUCUCCUGCUUAUGUUGAUGGUCAAUUGUGGUCGGCUGAGGAUGUGGCCAAGCUGUUCAGAAAAGAUCUUAAAGGGAAUCCAUUACGACGCAAAGAGAAUCAAGAUGAUUGCUCAAAGAUUGGCUUCACCUGCACGAGAGAGCAAACGGGAUGGAAU